UGGCAUAUGAUGUCAUCGCAAAUAGAAAUGAAAUCGCCUCUACAUUGGAGCUAAGUGUCGCGUUAGAUUCAGACAGGUGACACGGAGGCGGAAAGGAUUUCUGACACUGCGUGGAAAAAAGUGGAGAUCCGCAGUAGACUGACCGUGAAAGCAGGAGUGAACCACUUUUUAGCAUCUCACAUUGCCUAUUGUGGGAGCACCCCACCGGAGUGAUCGAUCCCUGCAACCUGUGCGCAUGGCACGCAGUGAACCGAUAUUGAGUCGAAGGCGGUGUUGUGGCUGUACGGUGACGUCUUAAGGCAGGUCCUGGUCAAACCUACCAAUGGUACUAGUCGGUCCUACUCUGCUGGGACUGAUCGCAAUGAAUGGGUUUCGGAGCUCUGCACGGCAAAGGAGCACCCACAGCGCGACGAGGCGGAUAAGGGGAUGCGGCAUCGGAACGCGGGAGCGGUCCAUCAGCACCACAUACCAGACGAAGAGCGAGGGAACAACGAGCAGAGCCGAGAGCAAGUCGCGCCCGUUUUCAGUCUGCCGCCCCCGCCCUCUUCUCACCACAGAGUCCGCACUCCAACCACCGCCGCUCAGCGUCAGAGCCUCCAGGAGCUCCCGUGUGUGAGCCAGCCCCCUUGGAGACCUGUUCACAGCGGCGACCCGCUGCCGCUGGCGAGCUGCGACAGCAGCCGGCGACCUUCACAGCGAGGCGGAGAACACAGCGCCGGUCAGCCGGUGCACCUGCGGCAGGAUCCCAUUCCCUGGGCCCCGGACGGCUCGCAGCAACCGCCGCAGCUGCAGUCAGAGAGGGAGGCUGUUUUUCCAAGCUGCCACUGCAGUUUCUCGGAAAAAGAAGCGAGCCAUCCUAAAAAUCAAUCCUGUCCUGUAGACUUUCUCCCCACCCCGCCUUUCCCACCACUUCUGCCGCCGCCACCAACGUCUUCCUCCUCCUCUCUGCUCUUUUCCCGGAGAUCUGGAAGAGGGGAUCGUCUCCGAAGGAGCGCCAAUAAUUACCAACAGGCGAACACCGUGGAACGCUGCAGGGGAGGAGGAGGCGCAGGAGGACACCAAGACCACAGGCAGUUGCAGCCACAGCAGCAGCAGCAGCACUGUCAUUUAGGACUCCAACAGAGGGACCCCUCCCCUGAAGGAAGCCGUGCAAACUCACAAAAAGGGCACUCUUUAGAUGCACGCGAGUCAAACGAGGCUAAGAAAGCGUUCGAGUGUCAGAUUCAGGAUCUACAGCAGCAACAGAUCCCACAAUUGCGAGCGCAGCAACAGCUACUGGUGGGAAGCAGCCUGCCCGUCAACUACUGCGCAAGCGGCUCCGGAGAGCUAUGUAGAACUCACCGGGCUCCUCUGCUGCAACAGCAGGAGCGGCAGCAGCUGCUGCAGCAUCGGCAGCAGCAGCGGCUGCAGCAGCAGCAAGGCGCGCCGGGGCUCCGUCCCCAGCCUUCGCAGCAGCAGCAGCAACACUGUGACAGAGAACGCAAUAAGUGUGGACGGAUCGCCGCGGAGGGCGGUCAGGCGCAGACACAAAGUCGCGUAACCCCCCCUGCAACACCGCACGCAUACGCGGGGAACUCGUCUGCUUCUGGCAGCCACAGCAGCAAAGACAGCCCAAACUACGGCUCCAGCUAUCACCUGUGGCCCGAGAGCCAGCAUAAAGGAGAGGAGAGGAUCCGCAUCGACCUCCAUAAGACCUCAACUGAGCAGAAGAAGCUGAGCCAUGCUGGAUCCAAGCCCUCCCUCUCUGAGAGCAGUGGCCGACUCCCUCAGAUAGCCAUGAACACCUGCAAGUACAAUGGCGGAGUGGUAAGACCACUAGUAGGCAGCCUGGCGUCCUCGUCGCGCCGAAACCUUGCGGAGCUCGACUCAGAAACGCAACCCUUGCAGACGCUGCACAGCUCUGGCUUGGAGGUGGUGGUGUCCAAGGGCAACGGCGGAGAGGACCCCAGUAAGGCGUCCAACGAGAGCCUGGUAAGGGAGGGUAGUGGGCGAGGCGGCGGCAGGGCUCCACAGAAGAAGAACAAGGACAUUGGCUACAAGCUUGGUCACCGGAGGGCGCUGUUCGAGAAGCGAAAGCGACUCAGUGACUACGCACUCAUCUUCGGGAUGUUUGGGAUUGUUGUCAUGGUGACGGAGACAGAACUUUCAUGGGGGGUUUACACUAAGGAAUCCUCAUACUCAUUUGCACUGAAAUGCCUUAUCAGCCUUUCCACUGUUAUUUUGCUUGGUCUUAUAAUAAUGUACCACGCCCGAGAAAUCCAGCUGUUCAUGGUCGACAAUGGAGCAGAUGAUUGGAGGAUAGCCAUGACAUAUGAGCGAAUCUUCUUCAUUGUGCUGGAGCUUCUGGUGUGUGCCAUUCACCCCAUCCCAGGCCAGUAUGUCUUCACUUGGACGGCGCGGCUGGCCUUUACCUACACACCGUCUGUGGCUGACGCCGAUGUGGACAUCAUCCUCUCUAUACCCAUGUUCCUGAGACUCUACCUGAUUGGCAGGGUCAUGUUACUCCACAGCAAGCUGUUCACGGACGCCUCGUCCCGCAGUAUCGGCGCCCUCAACAAGAUCAACUUCAACACGCGCUUUGUCAUGAAAACCCUCAUGACCAUCUGUCCGGGAACAGUGUUGCUGGUGUUCAGUAUAUCCUCCUGGAUCAUUGCUGCAUGGACUGUGCGUGUCUGUGAGAGGUAUCAUGACAAACAGGAAGUGACCAGUAACUUCCUGGGAGCCAUGUGGCUCAUCUCGAUCACCUUCCUUUCUAUUGGCUACGGUGACAUGGUACCACACACGUACUGUGGGAAAGGCGUGUGUCUUCUUACAGGGAUCAUGGGGGCAGGUUGCACUGCGCUGGUGGUAGCAGUGGUUGCCAGGAAGCUGGAGCUGACCAAGGCUGAGAAGCAUGUCCACAACUUCAUGAUGGACACACAACUCUGCAAACGAGUAAAGAACACAGCUGCCAAUGUACUCAGGGAAACAUGGCUCAUUUACAAACACACCAAGCUGGUGAAGAAGAUCGAUCACGCUAAGGUGCGGAAACACCAGCGCAAGUUUCUCCAAGCCAUCCACCAAGCUCAGAAACUGCGCAGCGUGAAGAUGGAGCAGAGAAAACUCAAUGAUCAGGCCAACACCUUGGUGGACCUUGCAAAGACCCAGAAUGUGAUGUAUGACUUGGUGUCGGAGCUGCAGGAGCGCAGCGAGGAGCUGGACAAGCGGAUCGGGACACUGGAGGACAAGCUGGACUCGGUGGCGGGCAGCUUGCAGGCACUGCCCUGCCUCAUCUCCCAAGCCAUAACCCAGCAGCAGCAGGACUUCCUGGACGGCUUCGUUCACCGCUUCCGGCCUGCCUCGCUAGCGUCGGAGCGCUCUGAACGCUCAGACAGAUCUUGGACUUCCACCACCCGUAGGCGGCGCUCUCCCUCCACAGCACCACACACGUCUUCUGACAGUGGAUAACCUUGAGGAACCCUGUAUUAGUCCGCCGUAUCAGACAGCACCUUUUUUCCAAACACCCCCCCUCACCACAUCCUGUCUGAUCCAAAGCUGUCCCUGCAUCCACUGCAAGUCCAUGUCUGGACUAAUAAUUAACCAUAUCUUGACCCCGUGACCUGAUUCUCACCUCUAUUCUCUCUCUUCCUCUUCCUCUCUGACUCUCUCUCUUUCCCUCUCUGUCUCUUUCUCUCUCUCUUGCCUAGUCUCUCCCUUUUUUUCCAUUCUCCCACAUCAACCCAAAAAAAAAGAAAGAAUCCAAAACCUCCAAAGUCCAGUUUUUCUGUAACUGAGCCUCUCAGCACACAGAAUUCUGGAUUAGAGCUACUCAAAAAGAACAAGAAAAGGCAAACAAUUAACGGGGAAAACACAAAAUGCAUCCAAAAAUGUCAAAGAGAAAAAAAAAAGAUAAAAAAAUGACAGAGAUAAUGUAGAGAUAUGGUUUAUGUUUUAGCCAUUGUAUGGCUGUUCCUGUUAGCUUUUUUGUAAAAGCCCUUGUAUAGUUAAAAAAAUGACUGAGUUCAGGGUCGCUGGAGUGAGAGCUGGCUAUCACACCGGAGAGUCCUUAACCACACGGAGUGGGGGGAUGUUGGUCUGUGGAGCAGAGGUCCUCGGGUCACCUGCUGGCCCUCUGGGGCCACGGAGGACAUCUGUCCACCCAUCUGUCCGUUUCUCUGUUUGUCCAAGGAGAGGAUCCAGAUAAACCAUUUGAUUUCCUUCACAAAAAGACAGGUGUCAUGGAUUCUUUCUCACAGCUUAGGGUGAAAGCUUUAGGAGAAACCACGAAAGCUCUGACUCCAGGUCAGUGUCUGAAAAUGCACUUCAAGAGGAGGAGAAAUGGUCGCAUGAAAAGAGGAUGGACAUGGCAUUACUCCAAGGUAGGGGAAAUGUACUCGUUUGCCAACUUCAAGGUAUCAGCUUCCUUGUUCUUACCAAGGAAGAAAAAAAAAGAGAGCAACUAUCUUUUUUAGUUACAUAUUGACAUGUGAUUUUUCAGUGCCUGAAUGUAUAAAUAGUAGAGGGUUAUUUAAUUACUAAUUUCAAAGCUUUUUUACAAUGUUAACAGUCUGAAUACAGCAUUGCAUUCCUUUUUCAGAUACAUUCCUCUCCAAAAAUGUAAAGAAACUGUCUUAAUGUAAUGCAUAUCAUUGCCUCCAUUACACCGCAACUCCAAACAUCUUCUUUUUUUUGAUUCCUGUUUCUACUAACAGUAACAAAUGAAAAGUUCAGAAAUGAACGUAGAAAAUAUUUGUUAGUCUGACUUCUGGCUCAGUGCUGCACACCACAAUGAAACAUGAUGUAGUCUACCUUUCUCACCAGUUAAUUAGAGCUUCCUGUGGUCUUGGGAAAUCGGCAUGGCUUGAAUGGCGCUGUUAUACAGCAAACACAUCAGCGGAGGAACUGAGAAACCUACCUGGCUCCUUUGCAUGGUUCUGUUGCAAAAUAAUGAGAGAUCACAAUCUUCCUGGCUUGAUUAUUUUACAAUUGUUUUUGAUUUCAUUAUCGUACUUCUGUUUGUUUGUUUGUCGCUUUCUAUCCUUUUUUAAAUACAUUUUUACUUUUUUAACUAGGAUAUUUAGCAUUUUAGAUUUGCCGAUCUUAGAGAGUUGCGGUAAUGUUAAUUCUGUAAUGCAUUCCCUGUUUAAAAUAUGAGGUGAGGGUUAAAAAGUCACUAUUACAAAAAAAUAUUGAAAGGAUCCAAAUAAAAGUGUUGAAGAAACUUAGAACAGUGAGCCGAUCCGUCUUUAAAUGGGAAAGAAACGCUUCCGUUCCACCCGACUUUCUUGCUGACUGUUUGACUGUUAUCACUCCUAUGUCUGAGCUAUAAAUAUGAAAUAAAAUUCAUAUUAGCUAAAUUGGUUGGACUAUAAAAACUAGGCCACUAAAUGCCAGUUUUGCAACAUACAAAAACAGUUUACUUUUUUUUCACAGAAUUUGAAAAAAAAAAGUGAAUUUAUGUGUUAUUGGUCCCUACUGUGAAACUAUUCCUACAUGAUGGUUCACCUUCCAGAUCUAGAUAGGAGGAAGGCCCAAUAAAAUGAUAAAACUGAGAGCUCCAGUGAACCUGUGGUGUAUAUUUUGCAUGAUUAAACAUAUAAACUGUGGCCUUUGGAAAACAGGGACAUCCCACUGAGCAAAAGCUGUGGCUUCAGUGUCCAGAUGAGGCAAAGCUCCACCAAACGUUAAAGGGUUCAUCUGGAUUUUUUGAAGAGCGGUUUUGCAAAUGUAUUAUUAUUAAUAAAAGUUCAAUUUCCUGCAGUAGAAAGAUGUUAAUCACUGAGAGGUUACUGUAAAAGUAAAGAUAUCCUUGGAGUGCAGAUCAGCCCCCAUCAUGUCUUAGUGGACUUUAACAGGUUUUUGCAACUAAAACUCAUGUUUGUCUUUUAAAGUAUGGAGUUGAUCGCCGUGGAGGAGAGGCUAUGGCAGGCCAUUUUAACAUAAAAUCUGUUUCAUCUAUCUAUAAUUAUGUUCCAGGGAUCUAAAAAAGAGCUUUGACUAGAGACACAUUCAUUUUGACUCUUUUGAAUGAUAAUUUAAGAUAUUUGUAUUUAUGUUUUGGCUAAAAAGAAGAAUUCAAGACGUCUUCAGUAACAUUUCGACAAAUCAUUAUACUUUUCAAAAAUCUCAAAUGACGUUGCCAGAUUCGUCAUCAUCCGUAACACACACAACCAUAAUUACAAUUCAAGAAGAUUGUAAUUAAAGUUACUAGACAAGAUAACUAUUUUGCCUAGUAGAAAUGUAAAUAGAGAAAUUUAAAUUUAUGUCUAGCCAUAAACCUACCUCAGAUAUCUCUUGUGAAGUUGAUUUUAUAUUAAAACAGCCUGCCAAAGUGAACAAUUUUCAGUCUUUUCAGUGAAGAAGAGCACCUGUUGGCCAUUAAAUUAGACUCAAUUUACAUCCAUCAACCAUCAACAUGGUACUUUCUGCCUCAUCAGUGCACAUUUACGGCUUAUUGAUUUCCUCUUAUUGUUGGGAUCUGCCUCUCCUGAUAGUAAGUCACUGACUCUUACUGAUAAGAACUUUGCAGAACUUCUCUUCAAAGAAAUCUAAGCUGACUCUGACUCUAUCCUGAAGUUUUAGUGGAACCUUUGGAAACACUUGUUUUUGUCCAAGACUGGGCAAUAAUCAAUUAUUUUCUUUUAUUAACAGAACCUCACUUUCCAUCCUACCUUUGUGUGCUUCUUUGUGUUAAUCUAUUGUAUAUUCUUCCAAAGGAAUGUUGCCAUGCUAAUGUCUUAAAUUGUGAAAAACUUCACGCAGUAUGAAUGUCUUUGAAAGGCACCGUCAUUUAUAUAAAAUUAAAAUUUCCAACAAACCCAAUACCUGUAAAACUUUAAGCGCAUAAUUUCAAUACACAAUGUAUUUCAUUUUCAAACUGAACACCUUAUUUUUAUUCUGAAUUUGGAAAAUGUUUUUAGUUCAAAGUUGAAGAAAUAAUGAUAAGACAUGCUUGCAUUUUCACACUAUCCUGGCAGAUAAGAACAACAGCAUUUUAUUUUAAGUGUCAGGGAAAUAAUGACUUGAACAACAACAUGUCUUAUUGAUAUCACUUGGAGGAAAGUUUGCUUAUUUAAAAAAAACAUAGCUGACUCUGCCUUGAUAACAAGAUGGCUCCUUUUCAAACAAUUAUUAAAUUGUUUGAAAAGGAGAGAGAAAGUAAUACAGUUACUGAUAAAGAAUCGUAGUUUCAGAAGGUAUUGUGAUGCCAACUUAUUCUCGCCAUUCUCCACUAAAUUUAUUCUUCUCUUAGAUGUCUAAAAUUCACUUUAGAUGUCUAUUAAAGUUUCAGUCCAAUUAUAGCCAAAACAUCUGUCAAGAAUUUAGGAGCAGUUUAGAUUAAUUCCAUUUCACCAUCAUAUUCCAGAUUGCUAAGAUAACAGAGCCAGGAGGGAAACUCAGAAAUCCUCAUAAUCAUUGGUUGGCUUAUGUCAGAAGGUAUGUAAAUAUUCCCUCUGGUUCUCCUUCCAUCGGGAAUGCUCAGCACACCUUCAGAGCGAGGCUGCUAGGAGGUAUCUCUUCCAAUCCACUUCAGUCUCUUCAACUUCUUUCAGUGCAGAGGAGCAGCAGCUCCAUUUACAUCGGUCUCCAAAUGAUAAAGCUUCUCUCAGUGCCUCUGAGUUUAAGAAGCUUCAGUUUUGUCUCUUUCUAUUGGCUUCUUCAGAUCAACACCUUCAACUUGCUUCAGAGUCUGAGGCCAAGGAAAAAGCUGGACUUCUCCCUCUGAGUUGGGAUGCAAGUCUUUGCUUGUUCAGAUAGUCUGGUAGAUUGUUUCCAAAGGUGCAAAGUUUGUUACAUUUCCAGCUGUUGUGUUUCUCUUUCAGAUUUUGUCAAUCCAAACAAAUCCUUUGAGCAACCUGACUCUGAGAGCAACUUCCUUCUUUGCAGAAUGUAAACAAAAAUGGAGUGGGAUCAGCGUUUAGCGGUUGUAGAAUUUCUCUUUUGUCUUUGGCUAAAGACCACAAACCAUUUCUCCCUCAAAUCUAGACUCGCACUCUUAUUUUGGUCGUAUUUAUCCAGAAUGCCCUGCCCUAUAGUCUGUUUCCUGCCCUAUAGUUUGCUUCACAUGUGCAUUUGAACAACACCAGAGUUCACUUUAACCGAACUGAGACCCAGGUUUGUAGAUGGACCAGAAUUCACUUUUUUGGUCCACAUCAAAGUUUGAUUGCGCAUUUAUAUCUUCCUAAACAAACCCCACUUUCUAGGCAAAUGAACUAAAGUUUGAUAAAAACUUUUAAAAAAGCUUAAGCUUAUAGCUUGUCUAUACUGUUCUCCCUUAGAGAAAAGACGAAGAGUUCUAUUAAUCAGGGUUGUUGAAUGUAGAGCUGCUGCUUUUCCACUUCUGAUGGUCAGUGUACAUGGUCCUAAAAUCUGAUGAGGAUGCCUCCUAGUCGCUUCCCUAUGGGCUCUUUGCACAUACGGCUUUGACAUCACAUUCGCAUGAGCAAAUGCGGUUUUCUUGUUUCCGCUUUGAGUUUCCAUGGCAGCUAGAAAAGACAAAGUCGUAUUUCAGACGCAAAUAAAGCAAUACUAUGAACAUUAUUAUCUUCCUAAUAUAAUGGGCUUUUAAGUUUUCUUGGAUUUCCAAGCAAUCCUGAAUUAAGAAGACAGUGACUUGUAAAUAUUCGUCGGUACCAGUUAAAGCUAACACCGCACAGCAAAGUUUGCAGCCUUCACUUCACUCCUGAUCCGCUUCUUCAGCCUAAGAAGAUAAAUAAAGGAGCCGUCCCUGUGUUAUUUCCAUGGAUUUACUUCUGUAUUCAGCCUGAAAGAGCAAGUGUAUGAGAACGAGUGAGCAGACCAGAGCCAGACAGCCGAGCAACUGAUCCGCCUGUACACACUGCUGUAAACACCAUCCUAUUUGAACUCUUCACAAGAAGCAUGCAAAGGUAAUAAAACAAAAUAACACAGAGACCUUAAGGAACAUGGUCAUAGUUUUCUAAAAGCAACCUGAACUGUCAGCUGAACUCGAACUCUGAUAUCAGUGCUGCCCUACUUUUAAGCUAUGGGGCUUGUUGUGCUUCCUCAUGCUUCGGAAGCAAAAUGUCCAAACGGUAAUCUCCCCCGUUACUUGGUCUCUGUUUGACACUAAUGACAAUAGACACACAUAAUACACUUGAAAUAAGUACAAGGUAAAAGCAUUGUCCGUUAGAAUGGAUUAAAAUGUUUAGGUACUAAAUUGCACAUUUUUAUAAGAAAAAUGUCCUACAAUAUUGCCUACUAGCAUAAGCUAAAGCUAAUUUUAGCCACAAAGUUUAAAGAAAGUAAAACUCACCUUUGUAUCUGUGAAUGUAUAACGAGGCGUACAUCUUAAAACCUUUCUUCAGCUUACUUGUUAGAGCUUCGGAUCGAUGUACAUCAUUAAUUGUUACCUUGGGCGAGCCCUGCGGUCUAUUGAAAAUGCCAUUUUCAAUAGACCGGAAAAGACCGAGCCGCUUUUCCCCGAAAGCGGAAGCUGACGUGCAAAGGGCCCAUUAAGCUUUUCCAGGCAGGUUCCACUGGAAGAAGACCUUAAGGAAGACUUUAAACUUGCUGGUGGGACUAAGUAUCCCAUCUGGCCAAGGAAAACCUUGGAAUCUCAAUAAGGUGUCGCUGAGGAGAGGAGAUGUCUGGUUAUCCCUCCUGCAAUCUGAUCUCGCAGCAUUUUUUAUGGAUAUUUCUGUUUGACCAGUCAUCCUUAUUGAGUUCAAACAUUUAGAAGAACAUUACACUCUUUUAGUUCACCUCUCAUAAUCAUGUUUAGCUCAAACAGGAAUCUUAAAAGUCCUUUGAACGUCUGACUACUGUACUGACAUUCCAACUGAUUUACACUUCAAAAGGCAUCUCCAAGUAGAUUUUUUGUCACUUUUCAUUAUUGAUCAUAUUCAUAUAUUUACAAGAAAAAGAACAUUGUUUUGAUUUUAUUUAUUUUUUUAUUUUUCUUCUUGGUGGGGAGUUCUGUCUUUACCACAAUAGACAAAAGAAACACUCCUAUUACUGCAAGUAAAGCCCUGGGUGUGUGGGGGUGAGGAGGGCAUCAGACAUAUUUUUGCCCAUAUAAAGCUCAGUGGACUGUAAUUUGUAAUCUGGCAAUCAACAGAUGAUUUUCUAAAACUCAAUCUAAAACAAGUCUCUAUUUAACAAAAUGCACAUUGUUUAUGCCAUCCUUGAAUGUAAAAAUGACUUAUUGUGGUCACAUGCAAUGUUACAACAACUCUCUAAUUAGGCUGCUAAGCUACUAGUAGAAGCUGGAGAUAGAUUUACUGUACAGACUUGUCACUUGGUAACUCAGUGGGAAAGCAAAUGGGACCAGUUCUUUAAGCAUUAUUGGCUGCAGAUUUCAUCAUUUCCUAUCAUAAAAUAACAGCUAAUGCUAGCAUACCAGCAUCUUGUUUGAACAAAAAUGGAUGGUAACAUUAAAAAACUACUUUGUUGACCAAUAAAUCUGCCAGCAUUUGUUAAAUGAUUCCAAGUCAAAUCAAGCGAAACAGUGAAAACGGCAAAUCUCCUUCAGCCUUGACUGACCAGAGAGCACUUCAUUUUAAGUUAAACUUGAGUUUUUUGAGUGGAACUUAAUCAAGCAAGACUGUCUGGGUUUUUUCCCUUUUAACUUGAGUUAAUGAACAAUGACUCUUUACUGUUGCCUCUUCCUGUACAUCACUUACCUCUAUCCCAAUACUGAACAUAUUGAGCGGAGCACUGAUUGAAGGUGAAUAAUGGAAGGAUAUCUGUCAUGAAGGGGGACUUAAAUUUUCACAAUCUUAUAGAAUCAAGACUUGUGUUUUACAGAUAUAUAAGUACUCUAAGAUGGAUGGAUUGUAAAUCCUGGAGAGAAGGAAAAGUUGAAUAGACCCAUUGAACAUUUACUGACAGACAUUAUUUUUGGCUCAAAUUAGCAACUUAGAGUGAAGAUGGGUGUUCUGCAAAUUUGACAUCAUUGUAGAUGUUAAAAGCUGAACAGGAAAAAGAGGAAGAGAGAAGGAAAAGUCUGAGAGAAGGUAGUUGGGUCCAAUUAAUGCACUGGGAAAGGUAAACCAUGUAAAUAUACUUACUGACAAGUACGGUUCAGCACCAAGGUAAAGCCAGAAGGAAUGUUCUGAUAUGACACAACGGUAACACUAUAUUUGAAGGGGUGUUCAUAAGACUGACAUAGCAUCUGUCAUGAACAUGAAGGAGUCCUCAUGAAUAUGACUGUCAUGAAUUGUCAUUUGGUAAAAAUUGAAACUUUUAAUGCAAAGUUUACACUUUUAAUGCAACUUUUAGUUCAGCUUUGCAUUAAAAGUGUCAUUAUUUACCGAAUUAUACUUUAUGACAACAAUCAUGAAGACUCCUCCAUGUUCAUGACUGUUGUUAUAACAUGUUUAUGACAGUGGCAUGUCAGUCUUAUACACACUCUUUAAAAUAAAGUAUAACAGACAAAACUUGGUACAGAAGUGACCAGUGAUGGGUAUGGAUUUGGACUGCUUUGCAAAAAGAUGGUGGGUCUAGAGCUAGUAUCAGAACUAAAGUGAUGUCAUAUGGACAGCAGUCAGUCAUAACAGUGGGUAAGGAUCAGCAGCUUCUGUUUCGUAUUGAGUGAUUUUGGAUAAUUUCAGACUAAAAUAAGCAUAACAUCCAAUGUCUUAUUGUCUCUGUGUUAAGCUAGUUGUGUCAUUACAAAGAUAUUUCCUGCUUAUAUAGUUUCCAAACCAUUUUAAUAAUCCUCAGUUAGAAAAAAAAAAGAGUGUACUAUGCGUACACAAGGAUUAACAAAUGAUAAAUACAUCACCACAAAGUGGAACUGACAAGUACUUUGCUUAAUUCUAUCAGAAAUUCCACAUGGAGGUUUGCUUUUAUUUUAUUUUCCCUUGAAUUCUACAUAUUUAUUUAUAGGGUAAAUGUUUCACCUUUCACUUUUUUAAACAAUUCAAAUUGGCCCCUGACCUUUUGUUGAAUUGUGUGUUAAAUAUUAAAAUAUAUAUUUAUUUUUUUGGUUCAUUUUGGCCCAAAAAUCAGUAAUGCAUGUCAUGAGAUCCUUAACCUAUAGCAGUGCAAUGUUACACUCUGCUUUUGAUGAGAAAAUGUUUAUUUCAGUCAUUAGAGACUUGAGGUCUGACUUUGAGUUGACCCCCAAAAUUAACACUUCAUUCAGCUUUGGGUGGAAAACCUCAGCAUUGACUUGAUCCUCAGAAAAAAGACUUCAGACUCAACUUGAAUUUCAGAAAAAUUACUUGAACAUCUCUGUACCUGACACAGAGGAUGUCUUGGUGCCGCCUUGGGCAGAAUUGAAUAAUGCUGAGUGAUAUAUGAUGCACGCUGGGUUUGAACUAGGCCAGGUGGUUAUACCAGCCGCACAACAUACAUCUUGUCUUUCCACAUGGUUUUGCAAAGAGUAAUGACUGAUUUGGGUCCCGUUUGAAGUGAUUUCCAAAACAGAAUAAUCCUUCUGGAUACUAAACAUGGUAACUAACUCUACCAGUAAAUGUAUUUGAAUGAUUUAAAAUGAAGACCAGCAAGAUAAUAUUUGUUUCAUUUUAAGUUUCUAAGCUAGGAGGUAAUACCCUCUGCUGAAAUAGUUCAUGUUGUUCUUAUACACAUAAAUGAGUACCUGCGGAAAUACCAGUCACAACUUGUCACUUCUCAAGAAGGAAGUCAUAACUUUUUUUCAAAUGAAAGGAAUUUGUGAUGUUAUUCUUACAACUGUAGAUGAGUGAAGGUGAAAACGUGGCAGACUCUUUCAUUAGCCUGACCAGUUGCAGAAGGGGCAUCAGUACAUACCUCAGCUGAAUAAUAACACAUCCCAGCAGCAGUAAAACUGUAACCCAGUCAUUGUUCUGUGUACACUGCCACAUGAUGCAUAAUGUACAUUGUAGCACUGGAAUAAAUCUACUUUUUUCUGGAUGGCAAACGGAAUAGCCGUGUUUCCAGUAUAUUCUUCACUGUUUUUUUUAUUUUGCAGGUGAACUUUUGUCUCAGUAAGAAGAAAUUCUACCCAUUAAAACCAUUUUCAGCAAUGA